AUGGCCGACGAGACGACCACCGCCGCCGCGCCAGUGGAUGUAGCUGCCCCCGCUCCUGCCGCCGCCGAACCAACCGAGCCAGCUACCCCGGCUACGAACGGCGAUGCAGCAGCAUCGAAAGAGGAUGGAGAAGGAGACGUCGCGGCUGAGGGUGUCGCUGAUGCAAACAACGCGCACGAUGUCACACCUGACGCGUCGGCCGAGCCCACAACCGCCGCGACGCCUGCAGGCUCUGGCAAGGACAAGAAGCGCAAGUCGACUGGCGGCGUGCCGGAGCACAAGGGAAAGAAGGCACAGGGCAAGCGCAAGUCAAUGCCCGCAAACCUGCACCUCGACGCAAAGCCCGGCGACUUCUUCUGGGCGCGCCUGAAGGGCUACCCUCCUUGGCCAUCGGUCGUCUGUGACGAGUCUAUGCUACCAGAAGUGCUCCUCGCCUCACGUCCAGUGAGCACGUCGCGGCCUGACGGUUCUAUCCGCGAGGACUUCCUGGAGGGCGGCAAGAACGCCAAGGACCGCACCUAUCCCAUCAUGUUCCUCGCCACCAAUGAGUUCAUCUGGAUGGGCAACACUGCCCUGACACCACUCGAUCCGGAGGAGUGCAAGACCUUGCCCAAAUCCAAGAUGACCAAGGCACUCCAGGCAGCGUAUCAGGUCGCAUCAGAAAACCAUGAUCUCGAUUACUUCAAGGGUCUUUUGGCCAGCUGGCAGACCGAGAUGGAGGCAAUCCGCAAGGCAGAAGUCGAGGCCGAGGAGGAGUACGAGCGGGCACUGGCCGCCGAAAAAGCGGCGCAAGACGACCAGGCUGGCGAGGAAGUUGCUGCGGAUAAGCCCAAGAAGAAGGCACCGCGCAAGAGCAAGGGCGGAGACGAUGGUGUCGCGGACGACGCUCCCAAGUCCACCAAGAAGCGAAAGGUUGCGGAGGGAAGCGAGGAAGAUGCUCCCAAGGCGAAGAAGACACCCAAAGUCACCAAGCUCAAUGGGCCAAAAACACCAAGCGACGCGUCGGCCAAGAAGGAGAAGGAGAAGAAGCCAAAGAAGAAGGUUGUUUCUGCUCCAAAGAUUGAGGAGCCCGACGACACGAAGCCGGAACUUACUGCCGAGGAGAAGCUCCAGCAACGCGAAAAAUCGGUUCUGUACCUCCGUCACCGCCUGCAGAAGGGAUUCCUCUCCCGUGACACUGUUCCUCAGGAGUCUGAAAUGGGCAGUAUGGCCGACUUCUUCACCCAACUCGAGGGCUACACUGAGCUCGAGCCGUCCAUCAUUCGAACCACCAAGAUUCACAAGGUGCUCAAGGCCAUUGUCAAGUUGACGAGCGUGCCCAAGGACGACGAGUACCACUUCAAAAAGCGCAGCUCGGCCAUGCUGGAGACUUGGAACAAGCUCAUGGAGAGUGAGAACGAGAACCCGAACCCGACUUCAACAGCUGCAGGUGUUUCGGACAUUCCCGAGACCAAGGCGCCUGAGACUAACGGAACUUCGGCGGCCAAGGAUGUUGAGAUGAAGGACGUCGUUGAAGAGGCACAGGAAGGCGCAGAGAAGCAGCCAGAAGCCCAGGCAGACAAGGCUGCCGAGCAGAUUGAGGAGAAGGUCGGAAGCAAAGCAGAUGCCGUUGCUGAUCUGCCUGCAGCUCCGACUGAAAAGGCCGCAGAACUGGCCGAUGCGGCCAWAGAUGAGGCUGCCGCGCCUGCUGAUGCGGACGUUAGCAUGGACGACGCAUGA